AGCCCUUCGGUCCGUGCGUCGGCCGGGUGGGACUUCUGACGCCAAAACGUCAACGCCCUCGUUUUCGGCAUGGCGUCGCGGGCGCUGGCGGUCGCCUUCUUCUUGGCGGCCGUGGCCCAGAUGCGGCUUUGGAUGGGCCCAAACUUUGUGGGCACGUCCUCCCUGCCGGAAACGCGGGAGAGCAGCGUGGCGAUGCGGUCACGGCGGAUGAACAAGAAACACGUCAAGGCCUUCCGGAUGCCUUCCCCGAUGAUGGCAGCCAACGAAGCGGAGCGGGACGAUGAAGAGUUCGUGAUGGACAACAUCGCACACGAUCCCAGGUCCUUCGCACAUGCCUCGGAACGGCUGCGGAAGGACAAGGUCUUCAUAGAGAAGGUGCUGAGGCUUAGUCCUCGGGUGGUGGACUAUAUGCACCCCGACGUGUGGGCAGACUUCAAGUUCAUUGAGAACAUUCAGACAAUGUCCAAAGAGCUGGGCUACGGCGGGUGGAUCUACUGGCACGACAACCCCUACCCGCAGUUCUGGGGCCGCGGUCGCCGCGAGAAGGGUGCCAAAAUGCGGACCAGGUGAUGCUGGCCUCGAGGCGCUGAGUCAGUGUUCGGUGUUGCGCACACAAAAGCGGCACGGACCAAUCAAGCAAACAAUAGUGGCUUGUUUGUUUUUGUUUAAGCUUGAAGCAAC